AUGUCGACUUGUCCCCCAUUCGCGCCAUUCUUCGGCUUUGCUGGCGUCGCUGCAGCGAUGGUCUUUAGCACCGUCGGUGCAGCCUUUGGAACGUCGAAAGCAGGCAUUGGGAUUGCAGGUCUUGGUCAAUUCAAACCAGAACUUAUCAUGAAGUCGCUCAUCCCAGUCGUUAUGUCUGGAAUUAUCGCUGUCUAUGGAUUGGUCGUCUCGGUUUUGAUCUCAGGAUCCAUUUCGAACAAUUACUCCCUGUUUGCAGGCUUCGUUCAUCUCGCAGCAGGGUUGGCCUGCGGGUUUACUGGAAUGGCUGCCGGAUACGCUAUUGGCCAUGUCGGGGACUCAUGCGUUCGAGCGUAUGUUCACGAAUCCAAGAUCUUCGUCGGCAUGGUCCUAAUUCUCAUUUUCGCCGAGGUCCUCGGUUUAUACGGCCUUAUCGUGGCCCUCAUCAUGAAUACGAAGGUUUCGUCACAAAUCGCUGCUUGCUGAAUUUUCUCGCGAAUUCAUGCGUUGUCUUUUCUC